CACAAGCAUCGUUGUCGUGUCUCCCGUUUCCCCCACCUCUCCAACCGCGGCAAUUGCAGAACCGGAGGAGCUCCGGGUUCCUCCGUUCCGAAAUCCCCCGAAUCCUCCCGAGCUCCCGCCCCGGCCGAUCCAUUGCUCGCCGCGAUGGAGUCUCACCACGCCUCCAGGGGCCGCCGCACCCUGGAGGAGAUCCGGCAGAAGAGGGCGGCCGAGAGGAUGCAGCAGCAGCAAACGCCCGCCGCGACCGCGUCCCACGGCGACCCUCACGGGAACCAAAGAGCCGCGGCAGAGCUCCUUGCUCGAGUUCAACAACUUGAGAAUGGGAACUUGGAAUUGGAGAGGGAAAACCAAAUGCUGAUGUCCAAGUUUGCUGAGAAGGAAGUUGAAAAGGAUUCCCUGGUUAGCCGAUUAAAUGACCUCGAGAAAAAUGUAGUGCCCUCGUUGAAGAAGUCUCUAAAUGACAUCUCACUGGAGAAAGACGCUGCAGUUAUCGCUAAGGAGGAUGCUCUAGCGCAACUCAGGAGCAUGAAGAAGCGGUUGAGAGAGGCAGAAGAGGAACAGUACAGGGCAGAAGAAGACUCUGCAUCCUUGAGAGCGCAGCUCAAUACCCUGCAGCAGCAAGUAAUGAGCAACUCUUACAGUGGAUAUGCAGUGGGAACAUCAAGUGAGCAAACUCUUGCUAUGGAAAAGGAGAUACAGGAUUUACAAGCUCAGCUAAAGCAAGAAUCACUGCUAAGGCAACAGGAGCAGCAGAAACUAGCUGAAGAGUUCCUACUGAGGCAGCAAGAUCAGCAAAGGCUAGCUGAAGAACAAUCCCGUACUACUUCUCUGGAGGUUGAAAAGCGAGAGAUGGAAGAGAAAAUUGCUGUAUUAACAAAGAAAUCUUCAGAAGAGGCUUCUGAAUUUGCUGUACGCAAGGCAUUUUCAAUGCAAGACAGGGAGAAACUUGAAAACCAGUUGCAUGAUAUGGCUUUGAUGGUUGAGAGGUUAGAGGGCAGCCGCCAAAAGCUGCUGAUGGAGAUUGAUUCCCAGUCAUUGGAAAUAGAGAAUCUGUUUGAGGAGAACUCAGUCUUAUCAACUUCAUAUCAAGAAGCUAUGUCUGUUACGAUGCAAUGGGAGAACCAGGUUAAAGAUUGUCUGAAGCAAAAUGAAGAGCUUCGUCUCCACUUAGAGAAGCUUAGAAUUGAGCAAGCUAAGCUGUUGAAAACAAACAAUACUAGAGCCCAGCUAGAUGGCCAAACUGAGACCAGCAUCCCACCAGAACUGGUCACGGAGAAUCUUUCUCUAAAGGAUGAACUUGUCAAAGAACAUAGCAGAUCUGAGGGAUUAUCGGCAGAGAUAAUGAAACUUUCAGCUCAGCUUAGAAAGGCAGUCCAAGCGCAGAAUAACCUGACACGCUUAUAUAGACCUGUAUUAAAAGACAUCGAGGGUAAUCUGAUGAAAAUGAAACAAGAAACUUAUGCAACAAUUCUAUGAUUUUGCCGAGGUAUGAGUGCAAACCUCAGCGAUGACACCACUUGCACCACAAAUUGAUCGGUGUUUUUUUUGCUGUGUUUGCCUACCUUCAUUAGGCAGUUCUUAAUUUGUAGAGUUCAAUCAACAUUGUUGUACAUGUGUGGUACUGAUGUAUUUAUCGUUUAUGCUGAUGUAUUUUGUAAACUGGCUGAAAUGGUGAAAGGAAAAAUCAGUAUACCAAUUGUCA